CCAUGGGCUGGAGGCCUGUUGAAUCGUCUCGAUGUGAUGACAGUUUUUGUUUCAAAACAAAACAGUACAUGCACGUGCAGCCCGUUUCUCUGUUCUUUUGCGUGUUUUUUUGGCAUAUAAAUCUGCACCUAAAGUUAAGUGGUGCAAGUAACCCGUCCAAACACCAGGGGACUUCCCUGUUCCACUCUUUUCAUGUUUAACCAGUUUGACACGUAUGAAAAGGCGUUGACCGAAGAAUGAAUGAAGCGAACAUAGAAAUGCGAACGCGUGAAAAUGCUUUCAUUGGAAUUGAUGUGAUGUAGAUGUCUUGGGAUAUUCUUGGGAACAGUGCUGUGCAGUUGGCAAAGUUUAUUUUAGCAUCGUGAAGACGCCACCAAAUUUUGAUGAAAAGUGCUAGUUAUGAGAUAUCCUUUAUCUGUCACUUCAUCGUGUUGGCAAAUGUCAAAACGGGAUAGAUAACAGCGGCCGCUAAGCUUUCAGAGAAUCUCAAUGCCAAGGAUCUUGUCCUUAUCUCAUAGCCAAGUAUGACGAAGACAACUAGUGGAUCCACCGAAACUGUUCCACGUACUGUGUAUAUCAUAUUUAUUUCGUUGGUCAUUGACCUACUCGGUUUCACUGUCAUCUUGCCCUUGUUGCCUUCGAUCCUAGAUUAUUACAGUCACCAUGACAAGGAUGGCCUUUAUCCAUGGCUCGAAAGCCAGAUCCAAGGCUUUCAGCAUCUCGUUGGUGUUCCAAAUCACUUAAACAAAGUUCUUUUUGGAGGUUGCAUAGGUUCUAUGUAUUCCUUCUUGCAGUUUGUCACAGCACCUUUGAUUGGCUCUUUAUCCGAUGUGUAUGGAAGGAAAGCAGUGCUGAUUUGCACAAUGUGUGGUGUUGCAUUUUCGUAUGCUGUGUGGGCAGUGUCACACAACUUCACACUGUUUGUAAUAUCACGUGUGAUUGGUGGGAUCAGUAAAGGAAACAUCAGUCUAUGUACGGCUAUUAUAACUGAUGUCUGCAGUGCUAAGCUUAGAGGAAAAGGAAUGGCACUGAUAGGCAUAGCCUUCUCACUUGGCUUCAUUGUCGGUCCCAUGAUUGGAGCACAGUUCGCAAUGAGCCUGAAGGCCACCAGCGAAUUCUACAUUAUCCCUGCUCUGUUUGCGCUCACACUAGCUAUUGUGGAUAUCAUAUUUUUGAUUUGCACAUUCCAAGAGUCCCUGCCACCAGAAAAGCGUGCACACUCUAUUGCAUCAUCAUUCUCUGGGGCAGUAUCAUACAUAAAUCCCUGGCUACUACUUACAUUCAAACCUGUCCAGAAACUUUCACUUAAAGAUCACGAGGCACUUCAAAAAUGUGGCUUCAUAUAUUUUCUCUACCUCUUGUUUUACUCUGGUCUGGAGUAUUCACUGUGCUUCCUGACGCAUGACAGGUUCCAGUAUUCCAGAAUGCAGCAAGGCAAAAUGUACUUUGUUGUUGGACUAGCAAUGGCUGCCAUACAAGGUGGUUAUGUUCAUAGAAUACCACCUGGAAAGGAAAUAAGAGUGUGCUUACUGGGCGUAGUGACAAUCAUUCCGUCUUUCAUCAUCAUCGGGAUUUCUUGGACGCCCAGCAUGCUGUAUUUUGGGUUGCUUUUGUACUCCUUCGCGUCUGGGACCGUUGUUCCUUGCCUAACAACUUUUGUGUCAAAAUAUGGCAGUCCAACACAGAAGGGAACAAUUCUGGGAAUAUUUCGGUCCCUCGGUGCCUUAGCACGUGCCUUAGGACCUUUCUUGUCAGCCACCGUGUACUGGUGGGCUGGACCUGUUGUCUGUUAUAUCAUUGGUGGGUGCCUUUUCAUAAUCCCUGUGAUACUUCUACGAAAUAUGCAAAAGAGCUUAAUUGGACAGCCUAAUCAGCAGUGACUCUACUGUGUACUGCAAUAUGUGCAAUGGUUCUGUCCUAUAAAGCAUGGUAUGAACUUAA